UCUCAAUGUUCUCACCUUUAAUUAGAAGAAUUUAUCCUAAACAACAUAAUAAUGUCAAUAACCUAUAUUGUUAAAACUUUAAAAUCUAACAUCAUAGACCAAGAUAAUUAAAUUUAUCUCUACCUCAUCAAAUAAGAAUUCCACCUCUCGAAUAAGAUUAUCAAUACUUUUAAGAUAUAAAUGAAAAAAAUAUCAAAAGUUAUCUCUAACCCUUAAGAAAUGCAAUUGCUAAAAUUAUAGAAAAGAGAUAAGAAUAAUAAUGCAGACGUAAAUCAACUUAUGGAUAAUUAUUUGGUGAACUAACUAAAAAAGAAAUGUGUAAUCAUCCAACCCUCAUAGAAUAACAUAAAUAAUCUAGUAAAAAGGAAUUAGCUUUAACCAGUUUUGCAUUGAUGUUAGAAAGAAAAUAACGAAAAAAAACAACAAGAAAACUUUCCAAAAAAUUAUCAAAAUAAGAAUCAAUUAUUGGUAAUACAUUAUCUAAUAUAUUAGAAUUUGAUAAUAUGGAGAGACCUCCAUCUUGUGUUACACCUCCUAAACUUGUUUUAACGCCUAAACCUUAGUUAAAAUCAAAAAUUCAAUUAGCAAAAGAAAAAUAUUUAAAAGAACAAUAUUUCAAAAUUGGUCACUUUUUAACAAGUAGAUUAUAAUCAAAUAAAAAAUCAUAACCAGAACUCAAUAAUAAAAUUAGAUAUCAUUGCCCAACAUAUUCUUGUACAUCUCCACCUAAUGGAUAACUAAGCUCUUUUACAUCAUCUCCAAAAGUUUUGACAACUAUCAAAACAAAUACUAUAGCUAUUUUAUAAGAUUUCAAACCAAAAUCAAAAAAAACUCUUUCAUAAACAUUCAGGCCUUAUGCCUAACAUAAUACAUUAUUAUUAAAAUAAAUUUAAUAGACUUUUGAUAUUAAACCAUGUAUUGGAUAAAAUAAACAUUAGAAUAAAAAUAGUAAAUUUAUAUUUGAAAGCAAUUAAUAUUUAUAUUGA